AUGUCAGCAACAAGCUCAUCAGCAGCAACCCCAACAACGAAAUGUCCGUACGCAAUCCUAACANCAUGCUCCCAAUCACAUGCAUUCGAAGAACGUCGAUUCACCGUACCUUGUUGUGAAGAAGAUGCUCUCAAAAUUGGUCGUUCGAUGGCCCGUUUCAAGCCGAAUAACGAUAAUGCCAUCUUCGAUUGUAAAGUGUUAUCGCGGAACCAUGCAAUUUUGUGGUACGAGGAAGGGGCGUUCUUUUUGAAAGACACCAAAAGCAGUAAUGGAACUUUCGUGAACAAUGAACGAUUAUCGAAGAGUGCUGAGGAAAGCUCUCCUCGACAGAUAUUUUCGGGUGAUAUUCUUCAAUUCGGUGUUGAUAUUAUCGAAAGUGCUAACAAAGUGAUUCAUGGAUGCAUAGUGGCAAUGGUACGAUUGUUUGACAUAAAAGGCGAAGAAGUGUGUGCACCCGAGAUGAGUACCAAUCUGAUGUCGACCUCAUCCUCAUCUUCGUUAUCAAUCAAAGAUCAUGGACAGUUCGGUAGUGUGAUCACAUCCGUACCAUCAAUACCAUUAAUUAAUUCCUAUCAGAUGUUUCAAUUACACCAGUAUAUUCGUGAAGCAUCACAUCGUGAACAUAUGCUUCAACAAAAACUUGAGGUCCUCGAAAAUAUUCUCUCUUCGACUCAAGAGGCUACUCAAUCUAGUUGGCAGGCUCUAAUAAAUGAAGAUCGUUUGUUGUCACGUAUUGAAAUGUUAGAAAGUCAAUUGGCACUCUAUUCGAAGAAUAUAUCGAAUGAUAAAAUCAAAGAAGAUAUGAAUCAGUUGUUGAAUGACAAGAAUAAAUUCGAAUUGUUGGCCAAAGAUUCACUGAGGAGGUCAAUUGAAGAAAAGAAUGAAGCAUUGCAACGUUUGGCUGAUGUUGAGCGUAGUCUUAUUAAUACGGAAGAGGAAGCAGCACUGAUCAGAAAUAAAGCAGAAGAUCUAGAACAUGAGCUGGAGAAUGCACUAUCGAUGAAUAAUAAUCUAAAUGAAGCUAUUUCUUUAUUACAAAGACAAAUUAAAUCGAUGGAAAUUAAACAACAACAACAACAGCAACAGUUAGCAUCUCAGGAAAAUGCUGUAACAACAACUGAAGAACACGAAGGCGAGUUCAAAGAAGAAGUUGUUAAGACUUCAACAGAUCAACAGUCUGAUACAGCUGACAGUGAACAUCCAUUGUUCAAUAGUGAGAUUCAAACACUUCGUAGUAAACUCAACAAUCUGGUUGACGAAAAUGCAACAUUGAAAGCUCAAUUGGCUCAGCUAGGAAGAGAUGGAGGUGAAAUUAAAACCGAACAAGUAACAUCUCCGGCAACUCACGACCCGAAUUCCAUUCCUGGUACUUCGUGUCAAAGUGUUGAUAAGACGGCUGACGACAGCAAUCAGCUCUCAUCAUCACUACAGACUAGAGACGACCUAGAAACACCGGUUCUUUUGCUAUUGGUUUUGCCGUUUUUUGCGUUCUUCUUUAUAUGUGUUCGAAUUGGCGCAAGAAUAGCGCUGUUACGACCAAAACGAGAUUGA